UGAAACAUAUAAUGGGGAGCACUACAGUGAGUCGUCUGGACUCUAACUCCCUGGAAGUCCUCCGCAGCUGGGACACGGGGUUUCCUAAGCGCAGCGCAGGGGAGUCCUUCAUGAUCUGCGGCACGCUGUACGUCACCAACUCCCACCUGGCCGGGGCCAAGGUUCACUUCGCCUACCACACCAACACCUCCUCGUACGAGUACACCGACAUCCCGUUCCACAACCAGUACUCUCACAUCAGCAUGAUGGACUACAACCCCCGAGAGAGAGCGCUGUACACCUGGAACAACGGACACCAGGUGCUGUACAACGUCACGCUGUUUCACGUCAUCAGGAGCGACGGAUAGAUCGACAUGGUGGAGAAAAAAGAGGGUACUCACGACACACACAUACACACACAUGCACACACUCAUGUCAACAGGAAAUAGAGUACCGUCUGAGUUUGAAGGCCUUCUGGACCGAGAGAGCUAACUGAGCUAAUAACAAGACACUAAACACAGUUUUCAGACACGUGCCCAAAGGUCACGGACAGGACUAUUCAUCACGGUGAGAGAAGAAAAUGAACUGCUUCUGAUACAGGGGACGCUGAAGAAAAGAAGACAGUUUAAGCUCAUCCAUAUUCUGUUGCGUUUUAUUCCAUUUGUGUCUCAAGAAGUGACGUUGAGGUCAAAUCGUCGAGAGGAAAAAAAUAAAAAAGGACUUUAAGCUCUGGCGGCGGACCGGAGGGAGAUAUUCUGGGUCUGUGAUGUGGUCGUGGACGUGUUCAGUCAGCAUGGUUGUUCCUUCAAUAAACAUUACUGUCAAACUUUACAAGCUGUGGUCUCCUCUGUUUUAAAGCAGGUACAGUUAAAGGGUGACGCAAACCAUUCGUUUUGUCCAUGUUU